AUGUACAUAUAUACCCCCGUUUACCUCUCUGCAGUUCUGGAAUACCUCGCCGCUGAGGUUUUGGAGCUCGCGGGGAACGCUGCGAGGGACAACAAGAAGAGUCGGAUCAUUCCCAGGCAUAUUCAGCUUGCGGUGAGGAACGACGAGGAAUUGAGCAAGCUUAUGGGGUCUGUGACUAUUGCAAACGGUGGCGUUUUGCCCAACAUUCACCAGAAUUUGCUGCCGAAGAAGGCCGGGAAGGGCAAGGGCGAGAUCGGAUCUGUUAGUCAGGAAUUUUAGUUGAAUAGGAUUGGAUUGGAUGAUGUAUAGUCCUUCUAUUUCUCUGAUUAAUUUCUUCUCAUCAGACUACCUAUCUUAUUAUAUCUCUACUGCUUUUCAUCGUCUUUCUUUCGGUGCUUCCUCUCUUAUUAUCUCAAUUCGCCAUUAUACAAAAUUAAUGUGUAUUUUGUUUUUCUUUUUACCA